AGAUAUUUCUGUGGGCCCAAGCACAAGAACAUCUGUGGAGACAAGGACCCCCACCUCUUUGGGUCCCCUUUGAAGUGCUGCAGUUCAUCGUGUGCUUUUUGCUUACAAGUAAGUUUGGGGUUGGUUCGGUAGAUAUGAGCUAACUGUGCUUAGAAAACCAGACACUGUUGGUGGCAUCAGUUCGUAAUUGUAAGCAAGACACAGUGAACAAGUAGAUUCUGUUGUCUCUUGCUUAAUCUUGAGGACUUUAGAAGUUUUGCGAUGUCACUAGUGUUGAUCUGAAAUUAGAAUUUACAUCCUCACUGAACCGGUGUCCAGGUUCGUGACACAACAGUGAGUUGUGUGUCACUGUCUUUGAGAUCCAUCAGUCACAUACCUCCCCCCCAAAACCCAAAAAAUUACUUACUUCUCUCAAUUUUUUGACUCUUGAUCUAAUUUAUUUAUGAAUUAAAGCUGGAGUCAUUCCAUUUUCGAAUAUCCUUAUAGACUUUUAAACUACUGAUGUGAUCGUUCAUCUUCACAAGAACUGGCCAGAUUUUGCUCUUGAUAAAAGUUGCUUUAAGCAGAUCAUCUGUAUAGUAGUAAAUACAUUUUCCACUUUUACCUGUCCUAGCAACUUAAAGGUAAUUGGCUAGGACCUGAGUUGGUAACCCAAAUAUUUAAAAACACGAGUGGUUAAAGUUUAAUCCAGUGUCAUGAUGAUGAUGUGGCAAUAGAUGCUGUCUGUCGGGGCUCAUUCUUUGCCGGGAGAGCAAGGUGGUGGUAACGCCCACGUAGUGUGGUCUCUCACGGAAUAUGGGAUGAGAAAAGCAGACCUCGUUACCAGUUGAAAGCAGGAUUUUCCACCAUGAAUGGAUACCCCAACUGCUCUUCUAACUACACCGAAAUCUGGAGUCAUUACUUAGUACUUGCACUGGGCAUCCCUCAGCUGACCAUUAACAUAGCAUCUGUGAUCUUCAACUGCACGGUCAUCUUCACCAGAAUGGCAACAAAGGAUCUGCACAAGCCUAUCUCUAUCCUCUUCUGCAACCUGGCGUUUUCCGAUCUCUUCACCAGCUUUUCUGGCUUUUGGAUUUCAAUGUUGUUCAUCACCAAUCCUGACAUUACAAUCUUUGGAUCCAAGGAUAUGCUCGCACCUUACGCCUUAUAUACCGUGUCUAUUUUAUCCACCAUCUAUAACUUGGUAAGCAUUGCAAUUGAACGUUAUCUGGCUGUGGCUGAAAGCAUGAGGACAAGAUUCAGGGUUGCUAGAAACCAGUCCAUAGCUGCAGUUUUAAUUAACUGGGUCCUUGCUUUCUUUUUGGGCUGCUUGCCAUUGAUGGGGUGGAACUGCUUGCAUAUGGAAAAAAAUCUCUCUGUCCUCUACAGUCCAUUUUGCGUCAACUACCUCAUCUUCAUCGCCAUUCCCAAUGUUGUGGUGGCUUUUAUUGUACCCCUGUUCACUUACCUUAGAAUCAUUAUCAUCUUGAGGAAAAGAAAGCUGAGGAUGAAAGCAUGUGGACAAGCUACUGGCACCUACAAAUCAGCUGAAAUCCAGGUUGCCAGAACCAGUAUUUUUAUCUGGCUCCUGACGUUGAUCUCCUACGCUCCUUUUUUCGCAGGAGUCAUAUUCGAUGCCACUAACCAUCAGUGCCACAUCGAUCUCUACCCAGGCGUCUACAUCUUUCGAAACUGCACAGCGAUGCUGAUAACCAUGAACUGUUUGGGAAACCCCAUAAUAUACACCCUGAAAGCCAAAACUCUGGGGGCUAAACUCAAGGCUCUGAAAUGCCUCUCCACCAACCGUGUCCGAGCCUGCACGGUGGAGAACAUCUAGCCGGGACCUCCCUUGGUGCAGGACUGCUGCUAUCCCCGCCACAGGCCGUGUAGUCAGAGAUCAGCGAUAGCGCCCGCAAUCCCGCCCGCUCUCGCCGCUUCAGCACCCCGCGGGCGGACAGCUCCCG